AACCGAUAUACACACACGCCCUUCUCUCUCUCAUGGAUUCCCCUUCUCGCUCCUCUGUCAUCAUUGUCGGCGCCGGAGUCUCCGGUUUAUCGGCGGCGAAGGUAUUGAUCGAGAACGGCGUGGAGGACGUGGUGAUUCUGGAAGCUUCCGACCGUAUAGGUGGCAGGAUCCGAAAACAGGAUUUCGGUGGCGUAUCGGUGGAGCUUGGCGCCGGUUGGAUAGUCGGAGUCGGAGGCAGAGAGUUGAACCCGGUCUUGGACCUCGCCCGGAAAUCGAAUCUCCGCACUAUCUUCUCCGAUUACAGUAAUGCUCGCUACAACAUCUACGAUCGCAGCGGGAAGAUAUUUCCUAGAGGACUCGUGGAAGAGACGUACAAGAAGGAAGUGGAGUCGGCGGUGCAGAAGCUGAAGAAGCUGGAAGCCGGCGGCGGCGAUUUCUCCAAUGUCACCGAACCGCCCACUACACAGAAAACGCCGAUAGAGCUCGCCAUUGACUUCACCCUACACGAUUUUGAGAUGCCAGAAGUAGAGCCCAUAUCAACCUUUUUGGAUUAUGGAGAACGAGAGUUUAUGGUUGUGGAUGAGAGAGGGUAUGAGCAUAUGCUGUACAAAAUGGCUGAAGAUUUUCUCUUUACAUCUGAGGGUAAACUGUUGGACAGUCGUCUCAAGUUCAAUAAGGUUGUUCGGGAGUUGCAGCACUCGAGAAACGGCGUUACGGUAAUGACGGAGGAUGGUUGCGUCUUCCAAGCAAAUUACAUGAUUUUGUCAGUUAGCAUUGGUGUUCUCCAAAGCAACCUCAUUGCUUUCAAUCCACCCUUACCCAGGUGGAAAACAGAGGCUAUACAGAAAUGUGAUGUUAUUGUAUACACGAAGAUCUUUCUGAAGUUCCCGUAUAAGUUCUGGCCUUGUGGACCAGGACAAGAGUUCUUCCUCUAUGCCCAUGAGAGGAGAGGCUACUACACAUUUUGGCAGCACAUGGAAAAUGCUUAUCCUGGAUCCAAUAUGCUGGUCGUGACGUUGACGAAUGGGGAAUCAAAGCGUGUGGAAGCUCAGUCUGAUAAGGAGACGUUGAAUGAAGCCAUGGCGGCUCUUAAGGACAUGUUUGGGCCGGACAUUCCGGAAGCUACUGAUAUACUUGUACCUCGCUGGUGGAACAAUAGAUUCCAGCGCGGCAGCUACAGUAACUUCCCUAUGAUCUCUCAUAACCAAUUCGUUCAUGACAUCAAGAACCCAGUAGGCCGCCUCUUCUUCACUGGGGAACACACAAGUGAAAAUUUUAGCGGUUAUGUCCACGGCGGGCACCUUGCAGGUAUUGAGACUGGUAAAGCGUUGCUAGAAGAAAUGGAAAAGGAGAAGGAAAGGACUAGUGAGAGUGAAAACCAAGCGUUUUUGUUAGAACCCCUGCUUGCAUUGACUGGUUCAUUAAGUUUGACACAGAACGACGCUGUCUCAAGUCUCAAAUGCGAUAUUCCUAAAAGAUCAUAUUUAAGUGCCAAAGUUGGCAUCCCGGAGCUAUGUUAUGACUAGGUUAUUGGCAAAACACCACGAUUGGUGACUGAAAACCAAAAAAUAAGCAUCGAAAAAGAUCACGAGAUGGGUUCAAAUACAAUCUCUAUAUAAUCCUUGAUGCCGUUUAUAAUGUAGAAUGAUGGGAGGGACAACAAAGCUGGGUUUGUGUGAUAGUUGUUUGGUUCAUAAUGUUAUAGGAAGGGGAGAAUCAAUGGAGGUUAAAGGGUUUCGGAUGCGGGAUGAUAAUGGUAUGGGGGUAUACACAUGUAAUAGUAGGCAAUGAAACUAAGGGAAGAGCUAGAUGGACGUAGGAACCAGGUUCUAUUGUACUGGUACUGAAUGUUAGUUUCAAAAGAAACAAUCUUUCUCAUUUUCUCUUAGCAUUUAUAUUUAAUCAAAUUUUCGAUCAUGUCAAGAAAGCAAUUGGUUUCCUUUGGA